UGGCCCAGCAGAGGGCGGGUGCGGGCGGGUUACGCCCUGCUCCGCGGUGGUGUCCGGCCCAGGGCCUUGGGGGAGGAGCCCUGAGGCGGCGGCCGGAGACCUCCGAGACCGCUUGGCUCCCUGCUGGCAGAGCCUCACGGUGCGGCGGCGGGACACGUGACCAUCAGUAAUCAUGAAGAACCCAUUUGCACACCUAUCUGAGCCCUUGGAUCCUGCACAACCAGGAAAGAAAUUCUUUAAUUUGAAUAAAUUAGAGGACUCAAGAUAUGGACGCUUGCCGUUUUCUAUCCGAGUUCUCCUGGAGGCAGCUGUUCGGAACUGUGAUGAGUUUUUGGUGAAGAAAAAUGACAUUGAAAAUAUCCUGAAUUGGAAUGUCGUGCAGCAUAAGAACAUAGAAGUACCAUUUAAGCCUGCCCGUGUCAUCCUGCAAGACUUCACGGGCGUGCCAGCUGUGGUUGACUUUGCAGCAAUGCGCGAUGCUAUGAAGAAGUUGGGAGGAAAUCCAGAGAAAAUAAAUCCUGUCUGUCCUGCUGAUCUUGUAAUCGAUCAUUCCAUCCAGGUUGAUUUCAACAGAAGGACAGACAGUUUACAAAAGAAUCAAGACCUGGAAUUUGAAAGAAAUAAAGAACGGUUUGAAUUUUUAAAGUGGGGUUCCCAGGCCUUUCACAACAUGCGGAUUAUUCCCCCUGGCUCAGGAAUCAUUCACCAGGUGAAUUUGGAAUAUUUGGCAAGAGUAGUAUUUGAUCAGGAUGGAUGUUAUUACCCAGACAGCCUGGUGGGCACGGAUUCACACACGACCAUGAUUGACGGUUUGGGCGUUCUUGGUUGGGGUGUGGGUGGUAUCGAAGCAGAAGCUGUUAUGCUGGGCCAGCCCAUCAGCAUGGUGCUUCCCCAGGUGAUUGGCUACAGGCUGACAGGAAAGCCUCACCCUCUGGUAACAUCCACCGACAUCGUGCUCACCAUUACCAAGCAUCUCCGGCAGAUUGGGGUUGUGGGCAAAUUUGUGGAGUUCUUUGGACCGGGAGUAGCCCAGCUAUCCAUUGCUGACCGAGCUACAAUUGCCAACAUGUGCCCAGAGUAUGGAGCCACUGCUGCCUUCUUUCCAGUUGAUGAAGUUAGUAUCAAGUACCUGGUGCAGACAGGUCGUGAUGAAAGCAAAGUGAAGCACAUUAAAAAGUAUCUUCAGGCUGUAGGAAUGUUUCGAGAUUUCAACGACCCCUCUCAAGACCCAGACUUCACUCAGGCUGUGGAGUUAGAUUUGAAAACAGUUGUGCCUUGCUGCAGUGGACCGAAAAGGCCUCAGGACAAAGUCGCCGUGUCCGACAUGAAGAAGGACUUUGAGAGCUGCCUUGGAGCCAAGCAAGGAUUUAAAGGUUUCCAAGUUGCUCCAGACCAUCACAAUGACCAUAAGACAUUCAUCUACAACAACAGUGAAUUUACUCUUGCUCAUGGCUCUGUGGUAAUCGCUGCCAUCACCAGCUGCACAAACACCAGCAAUCCAUCUGUGAUGUUAGGAGCAGGGUUAUUGGCAAAGAAAGCUGUGGAGGCAGGUCUGAAUGUGAAGCCAUACAUUAAAACCAGCCUGUCUCCGGGAAGUGGCGUGGUCACCUACUACCUGCGAGAGAGUGGAGUCAUGCCUUAUCUGUCCCAGCUUGGAUUUGACGUGGUGGGCUAUGGCUGCAUGACCUGUAUUGGCAACAGUGGACCCCUGCCUGAACCUGUGGUAGAAGCCAUCACUCAGGGAGAUCUUGUAGCUGUUGGAGUGCUAUCUGGAAAUAGGAAUUUUGAAGGUCGAGUCCAUCCUAACACCCGAGCCAACUAUUUAGCAUCUCCCCCAUUAGUAAUAGCCUAUGCAAUCGCAGGGACCAUCAAGAUUGACUUUGAGAAAGAGCCUUUGGGUGUGAAUGCACAAGGACAGCAAGUAUUCCUGAAGGAUAUCUGGCCAACUCGAGAUGAGAUCCAAGCGGUGGAACGGCAGUAUGUCAUCCCUGGGAUGUUUAAGGAGGUCUACCAGAAAAUAGAGACUGUAAACAAAAGCUGGAACGCCUUAGCAGCCCCAUCAGAUAAGCUGUAUUUAUGGAAUCCCAAAUCUACAUACAUUAAAUCACCACCGUUCUUUGAAAACUUGACUUUGGAUCUCCAGCCCCCCAAGUCUAUAGUGGAUGCCUAUGUACUACUAAAUUUGGGAGAUUCGGUAACAACCGACCAUAUCUCUCCAGCUGGAAAUAUUGCAAGAAAUAGCCCUGCUGCUCGCUACUUAACUAACAGAGGCCUCACUCCGCGAGACUUCAACUCUUAUGGCUCCCGCCGGGGCAAUGACGCCAUCAUGGCACGGGGCACAUUUGCCAACAUUCGCUUGCUGAACAAAUUUCUAAACAAGCAGGCACCACAGACUGUACAUCUUCCUUCUGGAGAAACCCUUGAUGUGUUUGAUGCUGCUGAGAGGUACCAGCAGGCUGGACUUCCUCUGAUUGUUCUGGCUGGCAAAGAGUAUGGCUCAGGCAGCUCCCGAGACUGGGCAGCCAAGGGCCCUUUCCUGCUGGGAAUCAAAGCUGUUCUGGCCGAGAGUUAUGAGCGCAUUCACCGCAGUAACCUGGUGGGAAUGGGGGUGAUCCCCCUUGAGUAUCUCCCAGGUGAGAAUGCAGACUCUCUGGGACUCACGGGACGUGAACGAUACACUAUCAGCAUUCCUGAAAACCUUAAGCCAUGCAUGAAAGUUCAGAUCAAGCUGGACACGGGGAAGACCUUCCAGGCUGUGAUGAGGUUCGACACUGACGUGGAGCUCACUUACUUCCGCAAUGGGGGCAUCCUGAACUAUAUGAUCCGUAAGAUGGCUCAGUAGGCACUGGCUUCUCAGGAGACCAUGGUGCUGCACCCAACAAGGCCCUGGUCCCAAGCCAGCCAAGGCCUGAUGGAGUAGUUGCCUCUACCUCCACGAGAGUGCUGCCAUGAUGAUGGAGCAAAUGGGUGCUGCCAUUCCUGGAGGCACAGAGCCAGGAGUUUCUACAUUCUCUAUUUGUUAAUUUUUUUUACCCUUUUCUGUAAUUUGGAAUCUAGAAUCAUGGGAAGGUCAAUAGUACCAAAAGGAGAACUAGCUUGUCUUUAAAGUUACUGAUCACAGGACAUUGAUUUUUUUCACUCUUAAUUAAUCUUUGACUGAACACUAGCCAGUAUUCGCAGAAGUGUCACACACCUGCCCUUGUUGUUGUUCUGUUUUCCUCUGCCCAAUGAAACUCUUCCCUGGAGGGCCUGUCCUCUGCAUUUCACACCAGUGUUAACUGACAUAGGUAGAUAAGAACUUUUUCACACUUCAAAUCACAGUAGUGAUGUGAUUCUCCCCUUCCAAAUGAACAAUCCAGAGACCUCGUGGAUAGGUCAGCCAUUGAAAGUGUUUGAUUAUGUAUCUUUUCAUCAACAUAAGAGAGAUUUUCUUUUACUGUCUUUAACAUUUGUCAAGAAGGGAACUUUGUUUGGAAGUGGUUGGGGAAAGAGCCAGGAUUUCUGAUUUGAAUAAGAUUAAAUAUAUUUUCAUG